UCCGCUUCCGCCCUCUGAUCGCCUCCGUCUCGCAUUCCGUGGGCCGGUGCUAUGGCCAUGGAGGGCCACGCGGCGGUGCUGGCGCUGGGCCGCUGCAGCAGCGGGGAGCAGCUGAGGAGCCGCGUGUGCUGCCGGGAGCUGCACCAAGCUGCGUCCUGGAGCGUCCAGGAGCUGCGACUGUGCCCGCGUGACGACUGGCGAGCUCUUGCUGCCCUGCUGAAGGCGCAAACGCCUUCAUGGCGCUCAAGGCCCUGCCCUACUUGCAACACUUCAACCUCCGGGGGCUCAGCAACCUCACUCAGGAGUUGCUGAUGGAGCUCAGGCGGCUGGCUCCGCGGGUGCAGAGCUGGGACGUGCGCUUUGCCAUGCCGCUGCCCUGGACAUGCCUGGAACAGUGGCUGCGGCAAGAGGCCCAGAAAGGUGACUCGACGAGGACGCAGGUGCUCCACACGCUGGGCGCGCAUCCCAGUCCUGAGCUCACCCCUCGGGAGGUGGUUGUUGCACAAGCCUAUGCUCUCCAUUGCGGCCGCAUCGAUGUUUGCUUCCGCUUCACCUCGCACUUGAACAGACUGAUGACAGGACCUUUGGAGCGAUUCGCGCGCUUGUUCGACGCCCCCUCGCGCUACGCCAUCAUGGUGGGCUGCGAGCGCUUUGCGGUGGAGGACACCGCCAAGGAGGGCGCGGCCCAGUGCUUCGUGGUGACCUUCUGGGGAGCGCCACAGAGCCCCGGAGGGAGGGAGAAGUCGCAGAGCUACAUCUGGCAACUCUCCUGCGGUCAGAUGGAUGACGGAUGCUGGAGCACCGACUCGGUGGUACCGCUGGACAUCGACUCCUUCUGGGAUGGCUCCUUUCUGGAGGAGUGAGCUACCGGCGCGGCGCGGGGUUGAUUUGCUCAACGUGC